AUGUAUGUAACGAACAACUUUACAAAGAUAACCAACAAUACCGGACCCUCUUUAACGGCGAUUUUUGUCGCCUCUGCUCUCACUUCUGCAGCAUCGUCUUAUGUUACUAGUAACAUUGCGAACGGGAAAAUAGAACUCUUGGAGAAAGUGAUCGAUGACUUAACCCUCAUGAACACAAAUCUACUCGAAGAAUUGCGGGAGAGUUCUCAAGCUAUCGCUCGGCUCACGCUUCAAAAUAGUUUGUUCUUUCAAUCUUUGAAUAUUAUGAUAAUCGUAUUAUCAUAUCAUUUAACUAACGUUUAUGAUGGAUUCUAG